AAAAUUAAAAAUCUGGCAUUUUCCAUAUUCGUGUACACUUGUAAGUUAGUUAUUACACAGACCAAAAACGCAGAGAAAAGAGCACGGGUAUACAAUUUUCAGAAUUGCAAUACAAAUCAAUGGAGCAUUGGAGGGGGAUUGUACAGGUCUGUUCCUGCCAUGGCACUUCCUGCAGAGUGGGUGCAUCUUUAUGUUAUUCUUCCACAGAAGCACAAUUAGCUGUGCCACCAAGAAAUGCCAUAUUAUUCAUGGGCGAUCGAGCCGAAGGCACAGGAAAUCCAGUGAUUGAGAAGCUCUCCGAUUUAGAGAAUGUAGCAUCUAUUUUGGUGUCCAAACUUGGUUGGGCAGUGAAUGCUUGGGUUUUAGAGGCGCCAUCUUUUGCCGGCCCAUUUGCAGUUUAUAAUGGAUUUUUGCCCUCUAUUACAUCCACCGGGGAGCCUAACGCAUAUGACCCGCAUGGAUUCCCUGCUGCAAGCACCACCACUUCAAUUCUUGCUAAUUGUCUUCAACAGGUCAAAGAAAGGAUAUCUCAUGAAUCCGAGAUGAAUAUCUCUCGAGAUAUCAAGUCUUCUAGAGUAUCAUCUUUCAAGACAUAUCCAAAAACUGUUGUGCUUGGCUUUAGCAAGGGUGGGGUUGUACUCAAUCAACUUCUUACAGAGCUUGCACAUUCAAAAAGUUUUGAGAAAACAUUUGUAAAUCGAAGUAUUGAAGAUCAUAAUUUGGAUUUCCAGCAUAGCUCGAGAGUGAACAUGCCAGGCAUUUCGGAUACUGGGGAAAAACAGGAAAAGUUGAGAAUGGAAGGUUGCGGAAGACAUCAUGAAAUGAAUCUGCUCCUUCCUUCCACACCAGAAGAAUUCUUAGAAAGCAUAGAGGAAUUCCAUUAUGUAGAUGUGGGUCUGAAUUCUCCUGGUGCUUACCAAACCAAUCCACAUGUUAUUGAAGGUAUAGGAAGAGCUGCGUUGUCCAGGACAACAGGCCUCCACAUUCUGUUGCAUGGAACUCCUCGCCAGUGGGCUGAUCGUAAUCGGCCUUGGAUAGCUUGUGAAAAGAACAAACUCCUAGCACUUCUUCAAGAUGAGACAAGAAAGCACAAAGAGAAUAAGCUGCAUAUAUCUGAGAAGUUGUACUUUGCAGACAGAUCUCCCAGCUUACAAAUGCAUUUUGAAAUCAUUGAGAAUAUAAUUUUAAGUUAAAUUUGUUCCAUUUGUAGUCUAUAUAAAUCAGUGUGCAAAAUGUGGAAUGCAAAGCAGUCACCCAUUAUGUAAAUUAUGAAUUAUCGAACCUUAUAAAAGCCCACUCAAAGCUCCUGACUGUGCUUGAUUAAAGCAGUCAAUCUUUUCCUGUUUGUCUUUGCAUCUUGAAGGUGUCUAAAUCUGUUGUUGCUUUUGAUAGUCUUAUAAAUCCAUUUUCUUUGCAACUUAUCUGCAUUCUUCAAUUCAAUAAAUUGUCUUAAAGUUCCAAAA